AUGAAGGUCCCAAAGAAAUUGGAAUGGUUGGUCAUAAUCUAUGACAAGCCAGUCAAUAAAAGAUUGGCCUUUCGCUCAGACCACCUUGCGAAAGUCCCCGAGAAAGUGAAGUGUGGGGUUAUUUCCAGCUGUGGUCCCAUAUUCAAGGACGAGUCCAAGCUGGAGUUCAUAGGCAGCAGCUUCACCAUCCAAGCCGAGACCAAAUCGGAAGUCUUGGAGUUUUUGAAACUGGACGUUUAUGCCGAGAAAGGUGUCUGGGAUUUCAGCAAUGUGGUGAUACACCCGUACCAACCCUUUUACAGAAGCGCAAAAGAAUUACCGCAAUGA